AAAUACUCGAAAUAAUAAAAAAAAAAAACUUCUCAUUUUUGCAGUCUUGACUGCAAUUUUUUCGAUCCCUAACCCUCGCAGUCUCUUCGGAUAAUCACCAUUUUUUUUCAAUUACCUAUAGAUCAUCGCCUUCAGCAUGUAUAGAACCACGGCUUCUCGCCUUAGGGCUCUCAAGGGUGGAAUGGGGCAUAGAGGGUUGGCUAGAUUUGUGAGUACAAGUGCUGUUGCAACCAAAUCAACAUCAGGCAGUUUCUUUAGCUGGUUGACGGGUGAACGAUCCUCUUCUGUUCCUCUAGACUUCCCUCUUAAGGAUAUUGCACUUCCUUCAAUUGGAUUAUAUGUUGAUUGUGGCUCAAUCUACGAAACUCCGGCUUCAUUUGGAGCCACGCACCUCUUAGAACGCAUGGCUUUUAAGACUACUACUAACCGGAGCCACUUGCGCAUUGUGCGUGAAGUUGAGGCAAUUGGUGGCAAUGUGACUUCUUCAGUCUCUAGGGAGCAUAUGAGUUACACCUACGAUGCUCUGAAGACUUAUGUUCCUCAAAUGGUAGAGCUCCUUGUUGACUGUGUGAGGAACCCUGCUUUUUUAGACUGGGAGGUUAGCGAACAGCUCCAGAAGAUGAGCGCUGAGAUUAGCGAGUACUCCAAAAAUCCUCAACAUGUACUUUUGGAGGCUAUUCAUUCAGCAGGUUACUCGGGUCCCUAUGCAAAUUCUCUUUUGGCUUCAGAAUCUGCAGUUAACAGAUUGAAUAGUACAGUUUUGGAGGAGUUUGUUGCUGAAAAUUACACUGCUUCCAGGAUGGUCCUUGCCGCGUCGGGUGUUGAACAUGACGAGCUACUAAAAUAUGCGGAGCCACUUCUAUCUGACUUACCCAAUGUACCCCGCCCUUCGGAGCCAAAGCCUGUUUACACUGGUGGUGAUUUUCGCCAUCAAGGGGAUUCAGGGGUGACUCACUUUGCUCUUGCCUUCGAACUUCUUGGGGGCUGGGCCAAGGAAAAGGAUUCCAUAAUUUUGACUGUUCUUCAGAUGCUUAUGGGAGGAGGUGGAUCUUUCUCAGCUGGUGGUCCUGGAAAGGGGAUGUACUCUAGACUAUAUCUGCGUGUGCUCAAUGAGCAUCCCCAGAUUCAGUCCUUUUCUGCAUUCAGUUCCAUUUACAAUCAUACUGGAUUAUUUGGAAUUCAAGCUUCAACUGGAUCUGACUUUGCAACGAAUGCCAUUGAUAUAGCAGUUAGAGAACUCAUUUCUGUUGCUACUCCAGGAGAAGUUGACCAAGUACAGCUCGACCGUGCUAAACAAUCGACAAAAUCUGCCAUUUUGAUGAACCUGGAAUCCAGAAUGGUUGCAUCAGAAGAUAUAGGUAAACAAAUUUUGACAUAUGGAGAGAGGAAACCCGUCGAGCAUUUCUUGAAAGCUGUAGAUGAAGUUACUGCUAAGGAUAUUGCUUCCAUAGUACAGAAGCUUUUGUCAUCUCCCCUCACGAUGGCAUCUUAUGGAGAUGUUCUUUACGUGCCAAGCUAUGAUGCGGUCAGCAGCAGGUUCCAUUCAAAAUGAAAUCGUCGUGAGGCACUCGUCAGGCACCUUUCCAAGUCUCAAGAUCGUCGUUUUUUUGGGUAAUUUGAGAAUUUUGGACCUCUUUUCACCGAUAGGUUGGACGAGUUACAUG